AUGUAGUUUACUUUAUUUUCACUUACUUUGCAUUAUAGGGAAUACUAUGGUUAUUGCAAGGUCAAUAGCUAGAGAUGUUUACUGGUUGGUGAGGGAGUUUAAAUAAGAAUAUAUAACAUUGAUUAGUGUGUAACAAUGGAUAAAUUGAAACAUGAAAAAGGCAAUCCUAAAUUAGCUUGCUUUUUGAAAGGAUACGAGAAUGAUCUUCUUAUAUAUGAUCCUUCACCAGUUUUAGUUGUUAACUUCAAUAACUAAUCUCCGCAUCUAUCAGCACUAUUUAAUAUUGAACCCCAAUAAGAGGUUCAUGAUGUUUAGAGUAUUGAUUCCUAUAUUUUCCACGGUUUUUUUCAAAGUAAUGUUAAAGAUAGAAAUAUAUUAGCCAGUUAAGGAAAUAAGCAGUCAUAAAUAUCAGGAUUUUUUGAGCUUGUUAAAGGUGAAACUCAUAGAUAAAUAUAAUUUUUUGAAAUAACUUUGAAUCUUAGUCUGAGCUCAAACAAGUUGGAAUUAACAGUAUUGAAAAAAACUUAAUCCUCAGAUUUAGAUGACUAAGAUAACGAGGAAUAAAAUUAAAAAAAUGACAAAGAAUACUCAAAGAGGGACAUUUAAGAUGAUUAUGUAAAGUGUUUUAGAUUCUAGAUUUAUAAAAGAAACUUAUUCUGUGGUGUAGCACUUAAAAAUUCAGGCUUAAUUGAUAUUUAUUACAACUAUUACAGAGUUUACAGAUAAGAUGUUCGCUAAAAAAUAAAUAGUCUCCCCGAAAUUAAUUAGAUCAGAUUCUAAGAUGCAUGCUUUACAGAACAUGAAAUAAUUUUGGUUGGUCUAAAAUAUAAUAGUGCAUAAAUUAGCUAAAAAGAAGAAGAUAAAAAUUACAUAAAAAACUUACUUAGUAAUUUUUACGAGUUCAAGCUAGAUUUGAAAUUCAAAACCAGAAUCGGACUAGCUGUGGCCUAAAAAUAUUAAUAUGCAAAAGAGGCAUGGAAAACUGAGCAAAACUGUUUUCUUUCUAAAUUCAUCAACUAUUUUAGUCAUAUGACUCUAAUAAAUUUGCACUUUAUCGUAGCAUUUGAAAAAUUUAUUGGGAUUUACGAUUUGAAAUCACAAACAUGGGAAGACAUUUUCAGGUUAGAACAUAAAAUUGCUCAUCUAGCAAGUUACAAAGAUGCUAGUAAUCAAUAUAACUAUCUUAACAAUAUUAAUUAUAGGCUAUCACAGACACAAAUUUGUAGUAUUUACAGCCAAUCAUGA